AUGCUGUUAAAAAAAAAAAGAGAAUUCGAAAAUUAAAAAGGGAAAGAGAACAUUAUAAUUUAAAUUCCAUCAAAUAAAAAAGGAGAGUAGAAAGUAAAAUAAAAGUUUUUGCUUCCAAAAGAUCUGCUUUAUAAAUUAUUCCUUUUUUUAAAACCAAAAGAAAUUAAUAAACUCAUUAGAACACUUAACCAUUAGUAUAUGUAAUUGAUAAAUCAAUAAUUUUGGAAUGUAUUAUAAAUAUAUAAUGAUUAGUUUUAUAACAGAUACAAUCCUUUGUAAUUUGAUGACUUAUAUUAAAAGUUCAAAUUUUUAUAAGAGAGAAGAUCGAAAGGAAAAUUAUAUUAAGUGUGCAAUAGAUUGACUGAUUAAUAAUUUGUACUUAGAGAACUAGACACAAUAAAAGCAAAUGCAAAUCAUAAUGAUGGAUAUUAAACAUCAGUUCUAAGAGAAAUUUCUUAUUUAAAAUCAUUAAAGCCUCAUUCUAAUAUAGCAUCUAUAAUUUAAGUAAAAAUUAACAAUCACAUUGUGUAAAUUUUAUAUGAAUAUUAUCCUUUGAAUUUAAGAGAAUAAUUAAAAUAGACUGAGUUAUCAAUAGAAUAGAUAAAGUCCCUUUUUUUAUAGAUAUGUAGAGGAGUAGAAUAUUUACAUUAGAAUCAUAUAUUACAUCGUAAUUUGAAACCAGAUAAUAUUUUCAUAGUUAAUAAAUUAGUUAAAAUUUCAGAUUUUGGAAUGUCAAGAUUAGAAACUUUUCCAAUAAUACCUUAUACACCAGAAGAUCCAAAAGAAAGAGAAAGAUCAAAUAGAGAAGUUAAAAGAUUAUGGUAUAGAGCACCUGAAAUGUUAUUUAGAAAAUAAUAUUACAGUUGUGAAAUUGAUAGUUGGUCAUUAGGAUGUAUUUUAGGAGAAAUGGUUUUAAGAAGUCCAUUAUUUAGUGGUAAAACGGAAAUUGAAUAUUUAUUUGAAGUAUUUUAAUUUUUAGGAUCACCAGAUGAAAAUGAUUGGAAUUCAAUUUCAGAAGAUGUUAGAAUAAAAUUUCCUUAAUGGAAGAAAUAUAGUCUAUCCAUCAAUGAUUUAAAUAAAAGCGAAAUAAUAGACAUAGUUUAAAAUAGAAAAUAAAUUUAUGAAAAAUUAGUUACUCUUAAUAAGAUAUUAGAUAAGAAUGGAAUAGAUUUAUUAUAAAAAUUAUUAUCUAUCAAACCAGAAAACAGAUUAGAUAUAACUGAAAUAAUUAAGCAUCCUUUUUUAAAUUCUAAAAGUAGUGAAAGUACAUUGAUUAGCUAUUAAGAACCUAAAUUUAAAGAAUAUUUGGAAUUCUAAACUGAAAUUAAUUAGACAAUGCGUAGUACUUUAAUAGAUUGGUUAAUUGAUGUAUGUAUUCAUUUUGAAUUACUUGAUGAAACUUUACAUUUAUCAAUAAUUUACAUAGAUUUAGUUUUAUCAAUAAUGAAAAUCAAUCGUAAAAAUUUAUAGUUGAUUGGUGUUACUUCCUUAAAAUUAGCUGAGUAAAUAUUUAAUAUUAUUAUUUAGUGUUUAUAAUGAAAGAUCUAAAGAAUAUUUUAAGUAAGAGAAUUGUAAUGCAUAUGCUUAUAUAACUGCAGAUGAAUAUAAUGAAAAACAAAUUAUUGAGAUGGAAUAACAAAUUCUUUAAAUUUUAGAUUAUAAUUUAACUUACAGAACACCUAUUUAGUUUUUAAAAAUAAUAAAUUCUACACUUAAGAUUUCAAAUGAAUCUUCAAUUUUAUCUUAUUUUUUCUGUGAUUUUUUUAUUAUGGGAUAUGAAUAACUGAUUAUUGAAAGGUAACUUUAUGCAAUUUGUUGUUUAUUACUUGCUUUAAAUACAAAAAAUGAAUAAAUAAAUUCAAAAAAAUAAUUUUAAUAUAGUGAAAAGGAUAUAACAGAAGCAUUUGAUAAAUUUUAUAAUGUUUGGUAAUUCAUAAAGUUAUAACCAUAAAUAAAUUCACUAGAAGCUUGUAUGUAGAGACAUAAGCAUUUAAAUCCAAGAGAUAUAUAAUUAAAUAUUCCAAACUUGGAGUUUAUAACUUAAUUUUUAGGAUGA